UAAGGCCUACUGACUGAUCUGCCAGUGACUCUCUCUGUGCAGCAGUGAGUUAUGUGGUGCUCCCCCACAAACAGGCUGAUUUGCAGAUUUGCUGUUUGAGGCUUGCUUCCUGUGCAACAUAAUCUUACUCGUGUGACUGGACUGUGUGGCACCAAGGACUGUAAAGAUGCUGCUGUCCAUGCCACAGAUGGGGUUUGGCCCUCGCUCUCGCUCUGUACAGCAAGCCAAAAAGCUUUGAAGAAUUACGUUACGUUUCUAAGAAUGAUUUUUCCAAACAAUCCGGUGAGAAAUCCAUCUCUGAAACAGCAACCCUGUGCACCCACGUCCCAUCCAAUGGCACCAGCCAGUCCCCUUACCAACAGCAACAACAGUAGUAGCGGCAGUAAUAAUACAGGAUGGGAACAGCUCAGUAAGACAAACCUUUACAUCCGAGGACUGCCACCAGGCACCACAGACCAAGAUCUGGUGAAACUCUGCCAGCCGUAUGGCAAAAUAGUAUCAACAAAGGCCAUCCUGGACAAGACAACUAAUAAAUGCAAAGGUUAUGGAUUUGUGGAUUUCGACAGUCCAGCUGCUGCUCAAAAGGCUGUGGCUGCCUUAAAGGGGAAUGGUGUCCAAGCACAGAUGGCAAAGCAACAAGAACAGGACCCCACAAACUUGUAUAUCUCCAAUCUGCCACCAUCUAUGGAUGAACAAGAACUGGAGAAUAUGCUGAAGCCAUAUGGACAAGUCAUUUCCACACGAAUACUACGAGAUACCAAUGGCACAAGUCGUGGUGUUGGCUUUGCAAGGAUGGAAUCAACACAGAAGUGUGAAGCUGUCAUAGCCCAUUUUAAUGGCAAAUUUAUUAAGACUCUGCCUGGUGUCCCAGCUCCCAUAGAACCUUUGCUAUGCAAGUUUGCUGAUGGCGGCCAGAAAAAGAGACAAAAUCAGAACAAAUAUGUACAGAAUGGACGAGCAUGGCAUCGAGAGGGCGAGGUGAGACUUGCAGGAAUGACCCUCACUUAUGAUCCCAGCGCUAUGCAAAAUGGAUUUUAUUCAACACCAUACAGCGUUGCAACAAAUAGAAUGAUUGCUCAAGCAUCUCUUACACCAUACAUUGCAUCUCCUGUUUCAGCGUAUCAGGUGCAAAGUACUUCCUGGAUGCCACAUCAACCUUAUCUUAUGCAACAUGCGGGAGCAGUGAUGUCGCCAUCUAUGGAUCAUCAUAUGCCAAUGCAGCCUACAUCAAUGAUCACCCCACUGGCACAGCAGAUGAGUCACCUCUCAUUGGGCAGCACAGGAACGUACAUGCCUGCUGCUACAGCUAUGCAGGGAACAUAUAUUCCCCAGUACACACCUGUGCCCGCAGCUCCUGUUCCAGUGGAGGAGCCUAGUGGCCAGCAGCAGCAAGUUUCUGUAGAGACAUCAACUGAACAUUCUCCCUACUCCUAUCAGCAAAAUGUGCAAUAAUGACCCUUCCCCACUAAGCGGAAGACAUUCAAGGACUGAAACAAUCAUGGCUUCUAAUUUAAUAUGCUUUAGCAAUUGUUAACCUUUUGCACAGGUUCUGAAAAAAAUAUUUGUAAUAAAAUCAACUGAAACAGACUAUUUUGGUAUAAGUUCUGUGAAGUAUAUAGAAAUACUCACAUUCAUCAAGGGUAAAUAAAUCUCCAGGAAAUAAGUUUAUUUUAUUAAGGAAAGAAAGCUUAUUUUUAAGAAUUUGUCUAAACCAUAACAAACAUUCUGUAUGCACAGAUUUAGAGAGAGUUUUAUUAUUCAAGGUGCAUGGUAGAUUAGUCUUCGUAGACUAAAGACUUCUGUUAUGACUUGUGUGAAUUCUUCUGUAUUAUAUACCAGGACUUCUUCUGAAGUUUCUAAUCAGACCAGAUACCCUCCACUGAUAUACUACGCUUGCUGUGUGAGUGUUGUUGUGAAGUGUUACAUUGUUAUGGAGUCUUUUGCCUACUUUAUUAUAGGUAGCGUGAUAUGAUAUAUGUUUUCAUUUUUCCUGAAGCUACAAUUUGCCUUAAAUCUCAUGUUUCAGUAGCUUUUGAAGCAUUUUAAAACCUCGAUAAGAUGUAGUGCUUUGGCCAUACAAAAUGGCUUGGCAAUGCCUUGUAAAUCAGCGGAAAUAGACUUUUAUAGAGUUGAUAGUCCUAAUUUGACUGGUUGUGGAUCAUACCUUUUUAAUGUGUUGUCAAUUUUUUUAUAUAAUUUUUAUUAUUCUUAGCGAAAUAGUAAUUGAGUUAGAAAUUUUAGGACAAAGCAUGUGUUGGGUGAAACACAUUUACUUAGUUGGAAAUUUUAACAAAGGAAAUGUUUUAAGGUGGUUGGACUGUAAAUUCAUCUGAUAAUAGGAAUGAGUUAGGAAUUAAGAUAUAUAGUGAAAACAAAAAAAUACUUUCACCUUUCUUAAAGUAAGUUAAUGUUGUAGUCUUAUUAGAUAAAGGGGUAAGAGUGGGUGCGCCUGUCAUUACAGAAUUCUUUUUUUUUCUGCUUUAGCUGGUUUUAAAGUUGCUAAAGCUUAGAUGAUUUAUGAUUGCUCAGAAGGUAGCAAACUAAUGAGUUGCUAUUUGAGCAAAAAAAUGCAAGCUAAAGCAGUUUUGUUCAUUUGAAAAUAAACUGAGAGAUUGGCAUAAUUUUGAAUGGGUACUAGCUCUCUGUUAGUUAUAUCUAAAAAAAAAACUUGGCACUUUUAAAAGUUAAUAUUACCAAAGAAUUAUGAGCUAGCAACUAGUCAAAUGGGGGGAAAAAAACGUUUUCUCUCAGCCUAGAAUUUCUUCUUUAUUUUAUGCCGGACCAGUUUGUGAUUAAAUGUGCCUUUUUACAUGCAUUUGCAUUUUUUUAAUGUAAGGACACAAAGAAGCAUGAAGGAAGGUUUUGAUCCAAGCAGUGCCACACUUUAUAUAAUUUUUGUUACCAUCAUCUUCACUACAUGUGCUAGAGUAAUAAGAAUGAUUUUGAAGCUAUGAAAUCCCACUGAUAACUAUUUGGAGCUUUGCCUUAUAGAAUCAGUUUUAUUUCAUGUCAAGCUAGUAAAGCUCACUUCAUUUAUUCAUGAGUUUGUAUUUAAAAAUAAAUAAAACAGGUCGUCUUCCAAGAGACCAUGCAUUUAUCUGGUCAGCUGUCUGAUCAGUUAUCUACCUCAAGGUUCUGUUUUCUGUUUUACUGGGUCAGGUUGCUGGACCUGCCUGCCUCACCAGACCAAAUCACUCUAGCUCAGGAGCUAGGGCUAAACAAUUUAUUUUUUCAUGAGUUUUGCUAUUUUUCAGAUUUAUUAUAAUAUGUCAAUGUAUUAAGUUCUUGUCAUCAGUAAAUUUCAUAGUUUCAAAAUAUUUGCUGCUGAAAAUAAUUUUGUUAAAUAGUGUUUGUUAGAUUCUCAACACGUACAACUUGUAAAAAGCAAGUAGUUGUGGUAUUACUUGAUCAGUACUCCCUAUAAUAUUUCUGCUGUGUCAAAGUUCCAGGCAGAUUACAGCAUUACAAUGUACUUGGACGAUUGCUAGAAUCAGAGCUACAGACAAAUAUUGGAUUGUUUUGUAUUGUUUAAGAUUGAAAUCUGAGAGGUCUAUAUAACUGUGUGGAAUUGGCUGCUGGUAAUAUCUGAACUACGUGCCAUAAUCAUUAUCUGGACAAGAUUUGGGGGAAAAAAAACUUACUGUACAUAAAAAAAAGAAAUCAGUUACCUAAAACAUCACAUUGUAAACAGCCAUUAAAUUAUAAAGAAUCUUAAUUUAUGAAAAAAGACCUUUUGUACAGAUUGUUUGAAAAAGAUUUUCAUAGAUGUCUAUAUGAUCAAGAGUUAAUUUUUUAUUUUUGUUUUACUCGUGCCACAGACUUGCCAGUGGUAACUUAUUUGUCCGGUUCCAAAUGACUCAUUCUGUAGUUUUGUGUCCUAAGAUAUAAGCCAAGAAAACAUUUUUGAACUGUAAGUUAAUUUAGAUUGGUACCUUAGUAUUUCUGUUCAUUUUCUUUUGGAAAACUUUUGAAUAAAAAACGACCAAGUGAAAAUA